GUGACCCGGAAGUGUUUCUUUAAUGUUGCUCACAAGACGCUGAUCUUAGGUUAUAACUCGCCGCCAUAACGGCCGAAACAAAAUAACAAUACACUGGUUUCAAAGAGCGUAUAGAGCCCUCCAUCGCACCCUUCCCUGUUUUUGACUGACUCCCUGUGAUGACAGAACCACGCAGUCCUAUCUCCACCUCCGUUCCCCCCACACCCCCGGGCAUCAUUAUGCCCCCAGCUGACGUCAGUGGCAUGACCGUGGAGAUGGACCCCGUGGAGUACACCCUACGCAAGCGCCUGCCCAGGAAACUGCCCAAACGUCGCAACGAUGUGUAUGUCAACAUGAAGACGGACUUCCGGGCCCAGCUGUCCCGCUGCCAGAAGCUUCUAGAGGGUGGAGGUCACAGAGAGAUCUGUGUCCACGGUCUGGGCCUGGCCAUCAACAGGGCCAUUAACAUUGCCCUGCAGCUUCAGGCCAGCAGCCAGGGGGCACUACAGCUAGCGGCCAACACGUCUACAGUGGAGCUGGUGGACGACCUGGAGCCUGAGGACCCGGACGAAGCAAGGGAACCCAUGACUCGCACCCGGAAUAACUCAGCUAUUCAUAUCAAAGUAUUCUACCCGGACCCACAGUGAACCCAAACACACGUGACAAAUGUUCCUCUGAUAUGGCUGUCUGCCUCCAUUAUCAUGCUGUCUGUUAUAUUAUGAUGACUGUGGCUUGUAUCACAACCGAUCAAUCCCACUGGCCAUACCAACCCUUUGUGGUGGAAAAAAACCUGUCAUCCGGACAUUGGGAUUAAUGGCUGCAUGUACACCUCUUCUGACCAAUCAGAUCCCGUCUUUCAAUAAUUCAUUCAAAGAUCAUAAUGAGGCUGCCUUGGUAAAUGCAGCCAAUGAGAAGAAUUUAUGAUCUGCGUGGAUUCCAAAACUGUUGGAUGCUCUUGCUCAGCUUUGUCAUCUUAUCAGUCAGAGUAGUGUAUUAGUUGUUGGAUUUCUUGCAGUCCUUUCUUAUCACUCACUGUUUGCAGCAGAGACUACACUAAGACUAGCAUGCAAUUUGAAAUUCACCUGUUCCACAUCUUGUGCUGUCAUGUUUCAUGGUCUGAAAAAUAUGUGGAUUUAUGAACCCCUUUAGGAGUUUAUUAAUUGGACUUGAAGAUUCUUGCAAAUUCUGAUUGUAUAUUCCAGUACAAUGCAAACUAGAAAAUCUUUCUGUCUUUCUUUUCUUUUUUUUCUUAUGUAUUUCUGUUUUUAGUACAUGUUAAAUAUUUAUGUGCCAUUUCCAAUUAAAUUUUUGUUUACAAAAGCACUAAUGUCAAGUUAGUGUUUGAAUAAACAGUAAGUGAUGCUUGUGA